UUCAAACUUUCACUUAUCUUUGUUUUAUCAUCUAGUAUCGAAUAGAUAGUUCACGAUAGUUGCGCCAUGGACAAGAAAACUAUUGGAAUCUUGGGAGGUGGUCAAUUGGGCCGUAUGGUGGUAGAAGCUGCCAACCGUCUUAACAUUAACACAGUUAUCUUGGAUGCCCCCAACUCUCCUGCGAAACAGAUCAACGCAGUGAGUGACCAUGUUGAUGGCUCUUUCACACACUAUGAGUCUAUUGUCAAGUUGGCUGAAAAGUCUGAUGUCUUAACUAUUGAAAUCGAACACAUUGAUGUUGAUGCCUUGAAAAGAGUCCAACAAAAGUUCCCCCAUGUUCUGAUCUAUCCAUUACCAGAAACCAUCAAGUUGAUCCAGGACAAGUAUUUGCAGAAGGAGCACUUGAUCUCACACGAAGUAGCCGUCACUGAAUCGCUUCCAGUGUUGGAAAACACUGAGGAAGCCUUGUUGAAGAUCGGUGAAGCUUUUGACUAUCCAUUCAUGUUGAAGUCCAGAACCUUGGCUUAUGAUGGUAGAGGCAACUUUGUAGUUAAGAGUGCUGAAUACAUCAAGGAUGCUCUUGAAUUCUUGAAAGACAGACCUCUUUAUGCAGAGAAGUGGUGUCCUUUUGUCAAGGAGUUGGCUGUGAUGGUUGUCAGAUCCUUGGAAGGUGAGGUCUUCGCCUACCCCACUGUGGAAACCGUCCACCAGGACAACAUCUGUCAUUUAGUGUAUGCUCCAGCAAGAAUUCCAGAUACUUUGGCGAAGAAAGCGUCCAUUUUGGCCAACAAUGCCGUGAAGUCUUUCCCAGGCUGUGGUAUUUUCGGUGUGGAAAUGUUCUUGUUGCCUAAUAAUGAAUUGUUGAUUAACGAAAUUGCACCAAGACCUCACAAUUCCGGCCACUACACUAUAGAUGCUUGCGUAACUUCCCAAUUUGAAGCCCAUGUCAGAGCUGUUGCUGGUUUGCCAAUGCCAAAAGGAUUUACCGAAUUCUCUACUACUUCAACCAAUGCUAUCAUGUUGAACGUCUUAGGUGACAAGGAAGUGGCCAAUAAGGAGUUGGAAAUCUGCCGUAGAGCUUUGGAAAUCCCACAUGGCACUGUCUACUUGUAUGGCAAGGCUACUAGACCAGACAGAAAAAUGGGACACAUCAACAUCGUCUCCUCCUCAAUGGAAGACUGCGAAAACAGAUUGUCAUACAUUUUAGGUGAAUCAACUGAAAUACCAGCUAGUUUGAUUCCAAAAGAAAAGCCAUUGGUAGGUAUAAUAAUGGGCUCUGAUUCCGAUUUGCCUGUCAUGUCUGUUGGUGCUAAUAUCUUGAAGACGUUCGGUGUUCCAUUCGAGUUGACUAUUGUCAGUGCACACAGAACCCCACACAGAAUGUCGCAAUAUGCCAUCGACGCCCCCAAGAGAGGUUUGAAGGUCGUCAUUGCUGGUGCCGGUGGUGCUGCCCACUUGCCGGGUAUGGUUGCUGCCAUGACACCAUUGCCCGUUAUCGGUGUUCCUGUGAAGGGUUCCACAUUGGACGGUGUUGAUUCGUUACACUCCAUUGUGCAGAUGCCUAGAGGUAUUCCGGUUGCCACUGUUGCUAUCAACAACAGUACCAACGCUGCGUUGUUGGCAAUUAGAAUCUUGGGUGCCUAUGACCCCAGAUGGUUGAACGAAAUGAACCAAUACAUGACUAACAUGGAAGAAGAAGUCUUAGGCAAAGCUGAAGUCUUGGAGGACAUUGGCUACGAAAAGUACUUGACCGAUAAGUUGAAGAAGUAACGUAUAUAGAUUAUACGGCAACGACGUUAAUCAUCGGUUAACAGUUGAUAGAUCAUCAAUAUUAAUGUUAUUAAUCAGAAUAUAAAAUCAGUUUAUGAGAACUAAAUAAAUCUUGUAAAAAUGCUGUGAUUUAAAAAUGAAUGAAAGUUAAACUAAUGUACAUUGGUUUGGUGGAUGCAAAAUGUGUUCAUGGCAAUGCGGAUGCAAAAAUGAUGACGUUAUAGCCUGGAAGAGACGAAAAUAGUUAGGAUGUCAGUUGGUAUACCAGCCUCUAGAUCAACUGGUAAAUCAAUUUCUCGAUCACUUCCGGCUAUCUAGAACUUAAGAGUCUUGUUUCCACCCUUCUUGUUCUUGAUCUGCUUCUUCUUGUAUAUCUGCUUUCUGGAGUCUCUCCAUCCGGAAGUGCUAACCUUCUUAGAGUCCUUUUCUUCGACGUCCAUAGUGUCUUCCUUUGGUUCGGUACCUUCUUCGGCAGCAGCAGCCUUUUUGGCUUCCUCUUGCUUCUUGGUGGCAUCAGCCAUCUUGUCAGCUAAUCUCUUAUUUCUUUCAUCAACAAAGUUGGAGAACACGCCCUUUCUCUUGAUAGACUUGGCUCUCAACUUGGACUUAGAUCUCAAUGACUUUCCCAUAGCUGCUGU